AUGGACUUUGCUCUUGGCUGUGACGCAAGAGUCUGGAGAGAAAAAUGGGGUGUUCCCUGGACGUGACCUGUUGUAUUCCAACCCGGUACUCUUUGACUAUCCUUCUUAUGGGAGUCAUCACCCACUUCUUCACCCUGCGUUCAAACUUCAGCAUCAUCGUUGUUGCCAUGGUGAAAUAUUCCCCCAAACACAUAGACAACAGCUCGGGCGAGCAUGAGUGUUACGUUAACACGUCACACGAUAAAUACACAGAAGUACACGAAAGCAUGGCGGCUACUUUGUUAGGAUCUAAAGGGUACAAUGAGACAAACUUAGAGUGGCAGGAAAAUUCUACAGCACAUACAACUCAGGACAAGUUUUCCUGGGACCCCAUUACCCAAGGUCGCAUCCUCGGCGCCUACUCCUACGGUCAUGUCUUCAGUCAGGUGAUGGGAGGGUUCCUGGAGGCCAGGUUUGGCGGGAAGAAAGUUCUCGGGCUGAGCAUGCUGCUCUCCUCCGUCCUAACUCUGUUCACACCAGUAGCCGCAUUUUCCGGAGAAUGGUGGCUGUUUGUCGUACGGGUCCUUGUUGGCUUUGUGCAGGGUGUUGUAUACCCAAGCACGUUUGGCAUGCUGUCCAGAUGGGCUCCUCCAGCGGAGAGAAGCAGUCUUCUCACCAUAGCCUCUCUUGGGGAAACUUUUGGAGUCUUUAUCGGUUUCUCUUUAACAGCGUAUCUCAUUGUGCAGUGUGGAUGGGCAGUAACCCUGUACAUCACUGGUGCUGUCGGUUUGGCGUUUUGCUGUUUGUGGUGUUUAUUAGCAUUUGACUCGCCUGCCGAACAUCCAACCAUAUCUGUGGCCGAAAGAACAUAUAUCGAGUUCAAUUUAGAGGACACGAAAAAGGGGAGAGACAUUCCAUGGUUGAAGAUGUUGUCGUCACUACACCUGUGGGUACUGAUCUAUAUCCACUGUACGGAUAGCUGGGGAUUUUACAUGAUACUUAUCUGCCUACCUUUGUACAUGGACACAAUACUCAACUUUGACAUUAAUGCGAAUGGUGGUUUGUCUGCGGUGCCGUACCUGGCUCUGAUGGCGACGAGGAUUCUGUCAAGUCUCACGAUCGAUGCGCUCAUCAAGCAAUCACGUUUUAGAAAGGUCAACAUUAGAAAGGCAUGUGUUUUAGGUCUGGUUGGUGUUGCCGCCUGCCUAGUUGUUGUUGGACACGUGAGAUGCGAUGCUACAGCAGCUAUCGCCCUCCUGUGCCUGGCCAUGGCCAUGAGAGGGUUGAUGGUACCGGGGUUCUAUCCCAGCUACACCGACCUCACGUUGGGAUUCUCUGGCGUGGCGUUUGGAGUCAGCAACUGUGUAUCAAACUGCACAGGAUUCAUCGUGCCUCUGGUGGUGGGGGUUCUUACCGAUGGGAAUCAAACAAUAGCAGCCUGGCUGAAAGUGUUCUACAUCGGCGCCGCCAUCUCCGUUUCCGGAUCCGUCAUGGCUCUACUGUUCCUCCGGACCGAUCCGGUUUCCUGGGCUCAGGACCCGGAUGGAGACAACUUGUCCCAGCCAGCACGGGACAACUUGAUGAGUGACGUCGGCGGAGGGAGUGAAAGGACAGACGUUGAGGCUGUGUUUCUUUACGAAUCUACAGUUUGAAAUGAAAAGUGGCCAUCGGUGCCUUAGCUGCUAUAUUGCCUUCUUUGUAUCGUUGAUAUACAAAACUUCAAGUGGGGCCAAUAGAUCAGCGAAGGCCGGCAAUCAGCGACCCAGUACAAAAAGAAAUGGCCAGCAAAAGUGUAUUGUGAGCCAAAAAAAAGGCCCCAGAGAGCCUGCUAUUGAGGCUACAAGUAUGGUCAAGAUUUUGGCACAUUACAUACUAUCGGGAUCGGGCAAACACAGAUUAAUCAUGGUAUAAAAAGCAAAUGCUCACGAGUUACGCCCAAAAACUGUUUCUUUAUUAGUUCAAAAGCCAAUGCACAUAUUUGUCGGUGGCUCUACAACGAAGCUGUAAACUAC